GCAUCUUCACUAAAGAAAUCGUUUAAGACGGGGUACUCUGCGUGCUACCCUGGGUUUCCUUGGCAUGUUGCAAUAUGUUCUGCUCCACAAAAUAGUAUUGAUACUAGACGGGGUGCUCUGCGCGCCAUCCCGGGUUUUCUCAUUAUGCCCUCAACCGUUUAA